AUGCUCUUGUUAAGGACGCUUAAAAUUCUUGAGGAUAAGGAGAAACUGCUCCUUUUAAAAGUGAAAGCAGAAAAUGAAAACGCCAAAGAAUUCAUCAGGGGAAAGAACAAAAGGGGGGCAACGCAAUGUGUGAAGAGGAAGAAUUUAUAUGAACAGCAAAUAGAGCAGCUUGCAAGUUUCCAGUUGCGUAUUCACGACCAGAUGAUAAUGUUGGAAGGUGCAAAAACCACCACAGAUACAGUAGUAGCGUUAAAAUCUGGAGCAGCUGCUAUGAAGGCCAUGCAAAAGGCAACGGAUAUUGUUGAUGUUGACAAGACAAUGGAUGAGAUCAAUGAACAGACUGAGAACAUGAGAACGGUUCAGGAAGCAUUGUCCGCUCCAAUUGGUGCAGCUUCUUAUUUUGAUGAGGUCAUCUUCUCAAAUCAAAUCUGUGCUAUAUUGGAUGAAUUGGAAGAAGAACUUGAAGAACUGGAGGCUGGUGAGUUGGAAGAGGAACUUCUUCAGCCAGCAACUAUAGCACCUGCAGUCUCAGGGCAGGCCUCUGCAGGAUGGUCAUCUACUCGACCUGUAAAGUCCACUACUGAGGUAGAUGAAUUAGCAGCUUUGCAGGCUGAGAUGGCACUUUGA